AUGCUGUUCUCCGUUCCAGGGAAAGCAGAGAAGAAGAAAUGGAAGGAAAUGAAGCUACUGAAGAAACUGGAAAAACAGCGGAUGCGGGAGCUGGCAGAAAAACAAGCCGAGAAGCAGCAGGAGCAGAAGGAGGACAAAGGCCGUCACUACACGCUGAGCGUAGCCCUGCCAGGCUCUAUCUUGAACAAUGCCCAGUCGCUGGAGCUGCGGACAUACCUUGCUGGACAGAUUGCUCGGGCCUGUGCCAUCUUCUGUGUGGAUGAGAUCGUAGUGUUUGACGAGCAUGGAGAAGAUGCAAAGAGUGUGGAGGGAGACUUUGAAGGAAUUGGGAAGAGAGGCAAGGCUUGCGUGCAGCUGGCUCGGAUCCUGCAGUACUUGGAGUGCCCUCAGUACUUGAGGAAAUCCUUUUUUCCAAAACACGAGGAUCUGCAGUUUGCAGGGCUGCUCAACCCCCUGGACAGCCCCCACCACAUGCGGGUGGAUGAGGAUUCGGAGUACCGAGAAGGCGUAGUGUUGGACCGGCCAACUAAACCAGGCAGAGGCUCUUUUGUUAACUGCGGGAUGAGGAAGGAGGUGCAGAUCGACAGACAGCUGAACCCCGGUCUGCGAGUCACUGUGCACCUGGAAGAACCCCAGAAGCCAGAAGCUAAAGUGCAGAAAGGCACCGUGGUGUCCUCGCACCACCCUCGGACGGUGUCAGGCUUGUACUGGGGUUACAGUGUCCGCCUUGCCUCCUGCUUGAGUGCUGUCUUUUCAGAGUGCCCAUUCAAGGAAGGCUACGAUCUCUCUAUUGGGACCUCGGAGCGGGGCAGCUCUGUGGACCAGGCCACUCUCCCCUCCUUCAGGCAUGCCCUUGUCGUGUUUGGGGGGCUCGAGGGCUUGGAAGCUGCGGUUGACGUGGACCCAAACCUGGAGGUCACUGACCCAAGCGUCUUGUUUGACUUCUACCUAAACACUUGUCCCAGCCAAGGCAGCAGAACCAUCCGGACAGAGGAGGCACUGCUGAUCUCUCUAUCUGCGCUGAGACCCCGUGUUGAUGAGGCUGUGAAGACACGCAGCGACAGCUGAGGGAAGGAAAACCACUGACCUUGCGCUCAGCUGAGGACUGCCUCGGGGAAGCGGCUGUU